AUGGGCCCUCUUGCCACCUCUCUGGCCGUGCUGUUGGCCGGAGCCAGCACGGCUUCCGGUGCCGUCUUCUCCCUCAAGGAGACUUAUGAUUCGACCAACUUCUUCGACAAGUUUGACUUCUUCGAGAGCAAGUUUGGCACGGGCAAGCCUGAGGAGCAGGAUCCUAGCCACGGCUUCGUCAACUACAAGAACCGCGAUGCCGCCUUUGCCAGCGGUCUGGUCAAGUAUGAGGGCAAGGAGAUGUACAUCGGCGUCGACUCUACCAACACGUGGUGGGAUCCCGAUGGCCGCCCCAGUGUCCGUCUCGAGUCCAAGAACGAGUACACCAAGGGUCUUUUCAUCGCCCGUUUCAGCCACCUGCCCAAGCUUACCUGUGGUGCCUGGCCUGCAUUCUGGACGUACAGCCAGUCCGGCGCGUGGCCCAACGGCGGCGAGAUCGACAUUCUUGAGAACUGGAACCUGGACACGAUGAACCACCCUACCUUCCACACUGGCGACGAGUCCUCAGUCGGUCGCUGCUCCGUCAACACGGCCGGCAUGAGCGGCACUGUGAUGCGCGCCGACUGCUCCCACGACCCGACCAACUCUGGCUGCAACGUCAUCGACACCAAGGGCCCCUGGGCGACUCCCGACGGCGGCGUCUUCGCCAUGGAGUGGACCGACAGCUACAUCCGCAUCUUCACCUGGUCCCACGCCAACGCGCCCAGCAACAUCGACUCCAAGGAGCCUGACACGUCCAAAUGGGGCCUGCCCGUGACCGAGGUCCGCGACGGCCUCUGCAACAUCAAGCGCCAGUUCUCGCCCCAGAAGAUGGUUCUCAACAUUGACUUUUGCGGCGACGCCGCCGGCAACCCGUUCCUCUGGAACCAGCAGUGCCUGGCUGCCACGGGUGAGAAGGAGUGCUACGAGUACGUCCGCAAGAACCCGGGCCAGUUCAAGGACGUCUACUACAAGGUCCAGGACAUUCGCUACUUCGAGGAGACUGCCCCCAAGCCUCCCUCGUCGUCGACCUCGACUACUUCCACCUCGACUACCACGACGUCUUCUUCGACCUCGACCACCUCCAGCAUUGCCACUACCAGCUCUACCAGCAGCAGCAUCACCUCGUCCGCCAACUCGACUGUGACUUCCUCCAGCUCCAGCGCCGUCGGUACCUCCUCGUCUUCCGUCAUCACCACCGGCAACGCCACCAGCAGCAGCAGCAGCCUGACCAGGUCCUCGUCCUUGUCCUUCACCUCCUGGGCCAACUCCACCGUGACCACCCGCUCUUCCACGAGCACUGCCCUCCCCGGCUCGGGCUCCUCCUCCGUGACUUCUUCCGCCUCUGGCUCUUCCGGUGCUCCCGUCAUCACGGGUUCCUCUGCCCUCUCCACCCCCGCCGUGACCUCCUCGCAGGAGUGGACGACCUCGACCGUCUACACUACCACGACUUACACCAUCACCAGCUGCGCUCCCACCAUCACCAACUGCCCCGGCGUUGGCGCUGUCGUGACCGAGACCAUUCCCCUGUACACCACCGUCUGCCCGGUCACCCCGACCGCCGUUCCCCAGGCCUCGUCGGCGCCCGCGGGCGGCAUUGUCCCCGGCGAGCAGCAGCCCGCGACGUCCACCACCAAGAUCACCAAGGUGUACACCAUCACCAGCUGCGCGCCUACCGUGACCAACUGCCCGGUCGGCAAGGUCACCACCGAGGUCAUCACCAGCACCGUCCGCCCGGGUGGUGACAGCAACACUGGCAAGCCUGGUGACAACACCGGCAAGCCUGGUGACAACACCGGCAAGCCUGGCGACAACACUGGCAAGCCUGGUGACAACACUGGUAAGCCUGGUGACAAUACCGGCAAGCCUGGUGACAACACUGGCAAGCCUGGUGACAACACUGGUAAGCCUGGCGACAACACCGGCAAGCCUGGUGACAACACCGGCAAGCCUGGCGACAACACUGGUAAGCCUGGUGACAACACCGGCAAGCCUGGCGACAACACUGGUAAGCCUGGUGACAACACCGGCAAGCCUGGCGACAACACUGGUAAGCCUGGUGACAACACCGGCAAGCCUGGCGACAACACUGGUAAGCCUGGUGACAACACCGGCAAGCCUGGCGACAACACUGGUAAGCCUGGUGACAACACCGGCAAGCCUGGCGACAACACUGGUAAGCCUGGUGACAACACUGGUAAGCCUGGUGACAACACUGGCAAGCCUGGUGACAACACCGGCAAGCCCGGCGACAAGCCCGCCGGUUCCGAGCAGCAGCCCAAGGGCGGCGUCGUCGCUCCCUCCUCGGUCCCCAAGCCCGCCAGCAGCUUCGACCUCGCCCCUCCCGCCGGCUCCCCCACCGGCGCCGCCCCCGGCGCCAACAAGCCCGCCAACACCAUCGAACUUACCCUGCCCACCGGCGGCUCCAACGGCGCCGCGCCCUCCGGCAGACCCGUCGGCGGUUCUCCCACGGGAGUUCCCGUCGUCACGGGCCGGGCCGCCCCGGGCAAGGCCGUGUCCACGGUCGCCCUGGCCGCGGGCGUGCUUGCCGCUGCGCUGUUCCUGUAA